UUCCCUGCUCCCUCCGGCGUAGCCGCCGCCUCCCAUCACUCGGGCUGCGCGGUUUGCCGUAGCGGACCCCCCACCCCCCCGGCUCCCUUUUCUGUCCGUCCGUCCGUCCUUCUCUCUUUCUCCUCUCCCCUCUCCCGGUGGCGGUUCGCUGAUGUGCAGCCCGGAUCCAUCUUCCGGCAGCAGCAGCGGGACCGGGGGCGGCGGCGCGGCGGGAGGCGGGCGCGCAGCGGGGCGCGGAGCGGGGCGCGGGCAGCGGCCGCCGUCGCCUCCUCCUCCGCGGGAAGUUUGCCCGGGUUGUGGCAGAGGCGAGGGGACGCCCUGACGGCCGGGAGCUCCCCGAGGUCUCCUCGUCCACCCCCUGCACCCAGCCACGCGCCCAGCCGCUUCUCCCCGCUGGGCUGGGGGCAGGAGGGGCAGCAGCGCUCAUGCUGCGCGCUGCCUUGCGCCCGUCUGACCGGGGCUGCCUGGAGAGCACCGGCUCUCCGAGGAGCCUCUAGGUGAAGGAAAAACAACAACAACAAAAAACCCAAGCCAACAAAAAUAACCGAGCGAGCGAGCAAAAUCCCAUAUCAACCAAAAAAAACUGUGGUUCCUCCAUCCUUUACCCUCCUUUUUCAAGCCGGCGUGGACAGCUGAACCGUCCGCCUAAUUCAUCUGCGCCCUGUCCACCACCUCUCUGCCCGAGGGAGGAUGAAAAUGCUUUGCUGGAGGAUGGCACUGUGGCUGGCCGGGUGGACUGUCUGUGGGAAGCCUUCCUCCUGCUCUGGCCUCGAUUAUGACUACACUUACGAUUUCACCGAAGAGGAUAAAGCCGAGGCGAUAGAUUAUAAGGAUCCUUGUAAAGCCGCUGUCUUUUGGGGAGAUAUUGCCUUAGAUGAUGAAGACUUAAAAAUCUUUCAAAUUGACAGGACAAUUGACCUUACGCAGCACUCCAACGAAAGACUUGGCCAUAACACAGGUGGCUUUGGGGAGCAUGGAAUGUCAAAAAAACGAGGUGCCCUCUAUCAGCUCAUAGACAGGAUACGAAGAUUUGGCUCUGGCUUUGAGCAAAAUAAUACAUCUAAAGGAAGGACUACUGCAAAAUUCUCAGGGAAAAAUGAGAAGAACCGAUUUCCCAGAGCUGCCACGUCACGAACAGAAAGAAUAUGGCCAGGGGGUGUCAUCCCAUAUGUAAUAGGUGGAAAUUUCACUGGUACCCAGCGUGCCAUGUUCAAACAGGCUAUGCGGCACUGGGAGAAGUACACGUGUGUUACGUUUAUUGAACGAAGUGAUGAAGAAAGUUAUAUUGUAUUUACAUAUAGGCCAUGUGGGUGCUGUUCUUAUGUGGGUCGAAGGGGAAAUGGUCCUCAAGCUAUAUCUAUUGGCAAGAACUGUGAUAAAUUUGGUAUAGUUGUCCAUGAACUGGGUCAUGUUAUAGGUUUUUGGCAUGAACAUACACGGCCAGACCGAGAUGACCACGUCACCAUCAUUAGAGAAAACAUCCAGCCGGGUCAAGAAUACAACUUCUUGAAGAUGGAGCCUGGAGAGGUGAAUUCUCUUGGGGAACCGUAUGAUUUUGACAGCAUCAUGCACUAUGCCAGGAACACCUUCUCAAGGGGCAUGUUUCUGGAUACCAUUCUCCCUUCCCGUGAUGAUAAUGGUAUACGACCUGCCAUUGGCCAGCGUACCCGUCUAAGUAAAGGAGAUAUUGCGCAGGCAAGAAAGCUGUAUAGAUGUCCAGCCUGUGGAGAAACACUGCAGGAAUCUACAGGAAACUUUUCUUCUCCAGGUUUUCCAAAUGGCUAUCCUUCCUACACGCACUGCAUAUGGCGAAUCUCUGUGACCCCAGGGGAAAAGAUUGUUUUAAACUUCACCACAAUGGACCUGUACAAGAGCAGUCUCUGUUGGUAUGACUAUAUUGAAGUAAGAGAUGGAUACUGGAGAAAAUCACCUCUUCUUGGCAGGUUUUGUGGUGACAAACUGCCAGAAGUCCUUGCGUCCUCUGACAGCAGGAUGUGGAUUGAGUUCCGCAGCAGCAGCAACUGGGUUGGAAAAGGUUUUGCAGCAGUUUAUGAAGCUAUCUGUGGAGGUGAAAUCCACAAAAAUGAAGGCCAGAUCCAGUCUCCCAAUUAUCCUGAUGACUACAGACCAAUGAAGGAAUGCGUGUGGAAAAUAACAGUGUCUGAAAACUACAAUGUAGGAUUAACAUUUCAAGCAUUUGAGAUUGAAAGACAUGACAACUGUGCAUAUGACUACUUGGAAAUUCGAGAUGGAACGAAUGAAAACAGUCCUUUGAUAGGUCACUUUUGUGGCUAUGACAAGCCAGAAGACAUUAGAUCUACCUCUAAUACCCUGUGGAUGAAGUUUGUUUCUGAUGGCACAGUUAACAAAGCAGGAUUUGCAGCUAACUUUUUUAAAGAGGAGGAUGAAUGUGCCAAACCUGACAAUGGUGGCUGUGAGCAGCGCUGUGUAAAUACUCUGGGCAGUUACCAGUGCGCCUGUGAUCCUGGCUAUGAACUUGGUCCUGACAAAAAGAGCUGUGAAGCUGCUUGCGGAGGACUUCUGACAAAGCUAAAUGGGACUAUAACCACACCAGGGUGGCCCAAAGAAUAUCCUCCAAACAAAAACUGUGUGUGGCAGGUGGUUGCCCCGACGCAGUACCGAAUUUCAAUGAAAUUUGAGUUUUUUGAGUUAGAAGGGAAUGAAGUUUGCAAAUAUGAUUAUGUGGAGAUUCGUAGUGGCCUUUCUUCUGAUUCUAAACUACAUGGCAAAUUCUGUGGUACGGAAGUGCCUGAAGUUAUCACCUCGCAGUACAACAACAUGAGAAUUGAGUUCAGAUCUGACAAUACUGUGUCAAAAAAAGGCUUCAAGGCACACUUCUUUUCAGACAAAGAUGAGUGUUCAAAGGACAAUGGUGGCUGCCAGCAUGAGUGCAUCAACACAGUAGGAAGCUAUGUUUGCCAGUGCCGAAAUGGAUUUGUGCUCCAUGAAAACAAGCAUGACUGCAAGGAGGCUGAGUGUGAACAGAAGAUCCACAGUCCCAAUGGCAUCAUCACGAGUCCCAACUGGCCCGACAAAUAUCCCAGCAGAAAGGAGUGCACCUGGGAAAUCAGUGCCACCCCUGGGCAGAGGGUCAAAUUGACCUUCAAUGAAUUUGAGAUAGAACAACAUCAAGAAUGUGCCUAUGACCACUUGGAAGUUUUUGAUGGUGAAAGUGAAAAAUCACCAAUUCUGGGACGCUUAUGUGGCAAUAAGAUACCAGAUCCUCUUAUUGCUACUGGAAACAAAAUGUUUCUUCGCUUUAUUUCUGAUGCAUCCGUUCAAAGAAAGGGCUUUCAAGCAACGCACUCUACAGAGUGUGGUGGUCGACUGAAAGCUGAAACCAAGGCCAAAGAUCUAUACUCUCAUGCUCAGUUUGGCGAUAACAAUUAUCCAGUUCAGGCGGACUGCGACUGGCUCCUGGUGGCAGAGCGUGGCUAUCGAGUUGAGUUAAUGUUUCAGACUUUUGAGGUUGAAGAAGAGGCAGACUGUGGUUAUGAUUACAUGGAGCUAUUUGAUGGACAUGAUAAGUCAGCAAUGAGACUUGGUAGAUUUUGUGGAUCUGGGCCACCAGAAGAAAUCUAUUCAGCAGGGGAAGCUCUUUUACUCCACUUUCACACUGAUGAUACAAUCAACAAGAAAGGAUUUCAUAUACGAUACAGAAGUAUAAAAUAUCCAGAUAGUGUGCGCACCAAAAAAUAACACGAACCUCUAAGUAAGAAAAGGAGAAUGCGGAGGAAAAAAAAAAAAAAGAAUGCACAGUGGAAAAGAAGGAAGGUGUCUUUUUUUUAAAACUGAAGUUAUUAGCACAAAAUGUUUUAUAUGAGUUCAGUUGAAAUGAUGACUUAAAAGACCAGAGGCUAAAAUAAAAUUAAAAAACAAAACAACAACAACAAAAAAACGUGUCCCAGUGGAAUAGACAAGAUGGUGAUAUGCAGGCUCCAUACUCAACACUUCUCUGUGAAGCUGGUGAAAGGACUUUGCAUACUUCCAGGAGAAUAUGAAAGCUUUUGUUCAUAGUUUGACAUUUAUCAUAGAUGCGUGCAGAUUCAAUCAGUUGUGUUUAGGGGAAGUGACCCAUUCUUCCUUCUGACAAUUGUUUGUUGUCCAGGAGAAGAAAUAAAGCUCUUUCAGGUCACACACUCAAAAUACUCUCCUUAUAUCUAGUUGCUUUAACUUUGUAUCUUGCAUACAGUGUGUACAACGACUUGAAAGAAGAUAUGAAAUGGGAAGGUCUUCCUGCAUUGUUCUGUAUUUUUUACCAAUUCAUCUAUCAUAUCAGGUUAACAGUUUGGAAACUGGAAAGUCAUACUUCUGAAACAUAACUGAUCUUCAGAGAAUUUUGUUUUACUAGUGACUGAAGUCUGAACUGUUACAUUGGUCAUCAGUUGCUUGACCAAUCACUAGUUGACUGAAUUUGAACAAUGUAGGAAUCUGAAAAUGUUUAGGUUUACUGGUUAAGUAAGCUAUCUCUGAUGAUGUGCUCUUAUUUUGCACUGAACGUAGAAUAUAGACUGAGAUGAAAACCUGUCAUGAAUCAAAAUAUGUAUCCAUGAGAGGCAGAAAUAGUAUCGUCUGAAACUCCUCCUAUUGAAUUUGUUUUCAGCAGUACAUUUGGAACCACUACUAAGCUUUAUUUCAUCGGACCUCUUUAAAAAUGAGCUAACAGCCUGGUUUAGCUGAUCAGAAAUGAAGCUGCAGUAGCAUCCAAGUGGGAGGUUUCCUAAAGAAUUUUUUUGGGGGGAAGAAGAGUAUCUGUGAUGGUGAAAAAAGUAAAACAAAACAAUGGACACAGGAUUUGUUUGUUAUCAAGAGUGAAUUCCUAUGGUGCUAUCCCAUGAACAUUUAAAACAAAUACAAACCAAGAAGUUUUAGACUUUUGAGCCAACAGCUUGUAGAUCAUGAAUGUCUCCCUCUGCGUGGCUGCAUCUGAAGAAGGAAGGCUUUACUGCUCUGAGGGAGGGCAGGUUGCAAUGGCAGCACUAGUCCUGUGGAACAACUACUACUAUUGCCUUAGAAUCCUCGCACAUGAUCAGACAGAUCUUCCUGUAGAUACACCUCUAAUUUGAUAAAUAAUUCGACGACUCAGACGUUUUAGCAUAUGCUAACAGAAGGAUCUUCAAGAGAAAACACCAUCUGCAGAAUGAGAUCAUCUGCCUGUAAAUACAGUGACUUGCUUUUGAUGUAGACAUAUGUUACAUUUAGAACUGAGAUACUCUAUGUGCUUUAGGCCAUACAUGGCUUUAGUCAUAAUGUAUAUGCAUUAUGUAAGUAUUGUAUGAAUGAGUGCUCCAGGGGAGUGAGAGGUAUUGUGCGGAUGAACAUUGAGUUGUUUCUUUAUGUGCCAAGUUCUAUCAGGACCCUGUUCGACUGUAGCAACUUUUCUUUAAAGGCUUCAUAGACAAAUAACGAGGAUUUCUAGUUGGCAAGAAUCAAGUUAAAAGUAUUAUGUUUCACUCUACAAUAAAUAUUAUUUUGAUAUCCUUUGAUGUAAGUUGCUACUCAGAUUAGCUUAGUUUCUGUUACCUUACUAUGAACAUACAUUGGCACUAAUAAAUCUGAUCUUUUUUUAUAAAAAUAAAACCCAAAUGUCUG